CAACAGGAGCAGCGUGGGUAUAAAAGGUGGAGAACACCUGCUCAACAACAACAACGACUGCAGACCUCCGCCAGCUGACUUCCGCCUGCCUCCAAAGUCCAGGUGCCUUCAUCACUCCUCCUCGUCCUCCUGAUGCAUCCUGGGAGAUCAGCUGACGACUGGCUGCCUGCAGCUCUCUCUCUGCUGCUCCUCUCCUGCAGCUUCAGCCGCGCUCACAGCUCCACGCUGGAGCACGACUUCCCCCUCGUGCACAAUGUCGACAACAGAAGUCCAGAGAUCGACCCCUUCUGGUACGUGGGCCGCGGGGUGAGACCCAUCGGGCGCUUUGGGAAGCGGCACAGCGGCCUGCAGGGCAGCGGGGGGGCGACGCCGGGCCUCAGGACGUUAUCUCUGCUGCUGCUGCACAGCCUCAGGAACAAAGAGAGUCUGGAGGAGGAAGACAGGGACUGGUUACCCUGACACAGCACGCUUCAUUUUGUAUCUGAGCUCAAAUACUGCUCUCACUCGUACCUGUGUCUCUCUCUGGUGUCUGGGACCAGGCCUUGGUGGAUGAUCCUUCAUAUCUGUACAUAAAAAUGCAUCUAUAUUGAUUAAUA